AUGGCAGUGCCCGCCACCGCCCCUCGGAGCCCGUCCGCACCAAACCCGAUUCCUCAAUCCAGAACUGCCUCGCACGCCUCGGUCGCAGGCGCAGGCGCAGGCGCGCCGGCGCCGGUGUCUCGGCGAUCUGCCCGCAGUAGCCCAUCCGACUACCUCUCCGACAAGGCCACGACCGCAUUCGUCCGCCGCGUUCUCUGCCCCCAGCAGAAUGGAGACACGAAUAGGAACGCGGCAGGCCCGAUAGAUGAGCUGCUACCCCCUCUUACCAGCCGAAAUGACGUCGACCUCCAGCUCUAUGCCAUUCUGGCAGUUGUUCUAAAGGAAUUUGUGCAAGCUUGGUACAGCAAGAUCACCCCGGACGAGACCUUUGUGGCGGAGAUUGUGCAAAUAAUUGCGCACAUCACAAGAGCGCUAGAACAACGGCUUCGGAAGGUCGACCUCGAGAGCCUACUCCUCGACGAAAUUCCGGACCUUCUUGAUAGACAUAUCACUGCCCGUCGUGCCGCCCGAAAUCCAAUAGCGCGGCCACCAGUUGAGGUGAACCCUCGCGAGGUCUAUCAUUCGCUUUGCCCGGUCCCCUACCUCUCUCCCGUGCCCGAUCCAGGAUCGCCUGAGACGCUGGAACUCCAAACUGAAAAUGAGAAGGCGUACAGGAAGCUUCUCGUCCAGGGCGUCCUUGCAAUUCUAUUGCCUACGGAAGACCUCGAGAAUCCCUGUCUAACGUCCCUCGUCGGUGCGAUACUAUCCGAAAUGAUUAUUGGCAACGUCAUUGCGAACAAGGCCUCCCAGCCAUGGCUGCUUUGGGAAGGCAUGUCUAUCCUCGCUCGAAACGCGACCGAGGCGAAGAGGCGCCGCAAGAAGCGAGGAGAUGCUAAGCCGAGCUCCGCCUCAGCUGCACAGGGUUUUUCUUUUCAAGGCCUGCUAUUUUCCGCUCUCCAUUGGGUGUUCCUUGCGUACACCUCCAUCCGGUUUCUCGUCACAACGAUAGCCACCGCCUCUUCAUUUCCGCGAAGAACGAGCCGCAUAACUGGCGAAAAGAGAGAUCUGACGAGUCAAGACACAACGGACGAUACGAAUGCGGAUUCGGCUGAAGUUGACCAGGUUAGAGCCCCCUUUGUGGGCUUUCGGAUCUGGACAUGUAUUGGCAACUUGAUUGAGCUCCAGAGUCGUAUGCCUUGGUCAGCCGGAGCUUUGGCACUGUUCCAGCUCGGACUAUUGGAGGGCCCAUGGAGGAUCGGGGAUGUAGAUCGCAUUAUGGAUAGGUAA